GGACGACAACAUACAAGGUGUGGUUCUGUCCAAGUUCUGUCAAGAAAGCCGCCAAGCGACCCGGUCGUACGCUCGCGGCCAAGGCGAUGCAGCUUCGCGCGGCCUACGCCGACAGUUUGGCAGUUCGAGCCGUCCUUGUUCGGCCAUUCAAGACCACAUUUCCGAUGCCCGUUCUUUGUCACGGCGUUGACAGCAUCCGAGGUUCGCUAUGAUGGCCGACCGUAGCAAAGACAGAGUCGUACCAUCGAGUGGCGGAGGUCGCGGCUAGAGUUGGGAGAAGUCCAAGGGGAUCGCUGGAAAGGUGAGUUCUGGAUGCUCGAGGAAGCUUCGCGCUCGAGCGACUACGGAUUACGUAGCGACAAUCGACGGGCAUGCCAAUCACGGAGGCGUUGCCGAACUAUCUUUGAACUCUGACCAGUGCACGACGGGAUGAACAGCGCGCGGCAUGGCAUGGGCAGACCGCGCGAGCUCGCCACGCGACGGCGGGUGCACACCGGCGUCGACGUCGGGCCCAGUGCUGGCAGCCCCCCGCAAGAGACACAUGCCGAAGAGCUCAGAAGCGAUUCGCUGCAACAAGGGCCGAUGGGGAGAUGAUGCAGAGGGCGAGUUCCAUCGAGGUGCACCGGCGCCGGCGAGGACAUCUGCACUGUUCUAAUUAUUGUCCCGCUUAUAUAAGAGGCGGGAGGAGGAGCAACCGCCCGAUUCGGAAACGUCCAAUUUCUGGCUUGCCCUUGACCAUCGCGCUGCUGCCUUCCCUCGAUACGCUCAUUAUCCCGCCCCACGCCGUGCUUGCAAGCCAACAUGGCCUCCACGACGCUAUUCCUCUUCCUCCUAUGCGCCCCCGCACUCUCUUUCGCGCGCGACUCACGCGAGCAGGCCCGGUCUCCCAGCCCUCUCUGGCGGAGAGCGAGCUCCGUGCCUCCAGCGGGCUUCUAUGAUCCCACACAGACGGGGGGCAAGAUGCUGACGAUUGCUCCCAAUACGGGCGGUCUCGGAGAGCCGCUCAACGUCAUUCUGUCGGCCAAUUCGGAUUCUGAGGUUCUGGUGGACUCGGAGGACAACGGCGGCCUAAGAAACUACUUCCUGUCUGUCGGCUUCGGCGCGGAAUGUCUCGGACAACACGCCGGAGACGCGCAAACAGCCAACUUGGGGGAUGGCAAGGGUCAAGUGAACGAAACGUCCGAGUUGAGAUGGGACUAUGGUGACCCAGAGCUGGGGACGUGCCAAGAGACUAUCAAGGGUGGCAACCAUUUCCGCUACUGGGUACAAGACGGGAGCCAAGCAGACAGUGGUGCAUAUUUCUUGGCUACGUCUUACGAGCUACCCAUUCAAAUGGGCCACGACAUUAUAUUCGACGGAUAUAACCUUGGCCGGGAUUGGCUCGUGGGAAACGCGACAGCACAGUCGUCCCUGAUACCUACGGGGAAUGUUACCAACGGAACGACGUAUUCUGGACAGACGUCGUUCGGCGGUUAUACCUACAAGACCGACGCGUUGUAUCUCUCUGGGAUUGCCUCCAACUCUACCGAUGGGGUGAACCACGAGGGAUCCGUCGGUAACGCGAAUACGCUCGCCGUUGACGGCCUUGUGGCCGUCUUGACGGUUAGCAUCGUCUCGAAACCCGCGAGCACAUCUGGCGCUUUGUCAUUGCUACCCGCGCCAUCAUGGCCUCUCGCCGCAGCGAUGUUCGCCGCGCUUGCGAUAUCAUUAUCAGCUUAGACCCAUCUCAGUUCUACGUUUACCCCCUUGCCUCACUGUCGACCAGCCCGGCACCCCUUGUACAAAAGCUCACCAUAGACUCUCCCCCUCGGACAGGCUUCCACUCGCUCUUCUCUUCUGCCCUAUCCCUGGAUUGUUCCCCCGCCGCCCUGCGGCACAUUUACCUACCUUCAUGCUAUACCCGCCACCGGACACUUGACCGACGGGUUCCGCCUUGCGGCCGCUGUCGAAACCAUCGCUACUCGUGCUUGUUACUUACUCACGACCUCUUACGACAUGACUGGCUGGUGUAUCAUCUGCGCGGUCUUGCGCCCCCUUCUCUUUCUUCC